UUACGAUGCGAGGAAUGGUCAAUCGGCAAAGGCUAGGCUCGGGAGCGAGUCGAGAUUUUCAGGAAGUCGGACUACAUUCCAGGUUGGACCGCCGGCUAAACUUUUCAUUCAAGAUGUCAAACCAGCUGACGAGGGCGUGUACAGGUGUCGAGUCGACUUCAGAAACUCACCGACCCGCAGCUUCAAGGUCAAACUGACAAUAAUACAUCCACCAUCGAAACCAAUAAUCUACGAUACGAAGAGGCGUGACAUGAGCACUCUGGGUGUGGCAUACGCAGAAGGUGCUAACCUCACACUAGACUGUGAGGUAUAUGGAGGAGAGCCAAAACCUCGGGUGAUGUGGUUUCUCGAGGGUAGAAUGAUCGACGCAACGUACGAAGAACGUGAGGUCCAGGGACCCACUGGUGAGAUUAACACGGUAACUGUGAAUCGUGUCACACUCAGGCAUCUAGCCAGGAGCCAGCAUCAUGCCAAAUUGACGUGCAAAGCAAAUAAUACUAAUCUUGCGGAUCCACCAUCUACUAACUUCGUCAUCGAGCUAAACAUGAAACCAUUGACCGUUAAAAUAUUCGGCAAGGUGAAAAUCGUAUCGGCCGCCAAAAAGUACGAGAUCAAGUGCCGGAGUACGGGGUCUAAGCCCCCCGCGGAAUUAACGUGGUGGAAGGGUUCAAAACAACUGAAAGGUCGAGUGAAAAAUGACGGAUCAACGAGCGAGAGUACUUUAGAGUGGUACCCAAGCCACGAGGACGACGGCAAGUACUUGAUCUGUCGAGCAGAGAAUCCGAGAUUAUCGGAGGCCGUUAUUGAGGACCGGUGGAAUCUUACUGUACACUAUAAGCCUGUGGUGACACUCAGGAUGGGUUCUUCAUUGAAUACCGAUGUUAUCAAAGAGGGAGAUGAUGUUUAUUUCGAGUGUAACGUCAAAGCAAAUCCCAGUACUUCAAAGCUCAGCUGGUACCAUAAGGGUACGAAGUUACAGCAUAAUGUAACAGGUGGAGUGGUGCUUUCUGAUCAUUCAUUGGUACUUCAGGGAAUAACUCGUGAUGCUGCUGGUGAUUACACCUGUAUGGCUAAUAAUGAGGAGGGAGAUUCUCGAUCUAAUGUUGUCGUUUUGGAAGUCAUGUUUGCCCCAAUCUGUAGACGCGUGAUUAAUGAAGAGCCAUCAGGUUUAUCUAAAGCAUCAAUACCACCGGUAUUGAACACGAUUGAACAGCUUCAUGGGGCUCUCAGACAUGAAACGAUAGGGCUUGUUUGUGAGGUGGAAGCUGUACCCACUGCUGUUACUUUUCGUUGGACAUUCAAUAGCAGUGGUGAUCUUAGUGAUAUUCCAUCCAAUAAGUUCACCAGUGAUGGCACUAGGAGUCGUCUCAGUUACACACCAUCAACUGAUAUGGAUAACGGGACCAUUGGGUGUUGGGCUAGCAAUGUCAUUGGACAAUCCAGGCAGCCGUGUUUUUAUCAGAUUAUUGCUGCAGUAAGGCCCUAUCCCCUUCAAAACUGCACGGCCUACAACAACACGGAGACAAGUGUACGCAUAUCAUGUACCGAAGGCUUUGAUGGAGGUAUGCCACAAAAAUUCGUUGCUGUCGUCAAUGAUCAACGAUUUGAAUCAACGAGACCAUCCUGGGAAUUGGUCAUACGAAAACCAACGAGAGUUUUACUGUACGCGGUCAAUGGGAAGGGAUCCAGUGAUCCUGUUAUCAUGAAUGAUAUCUUCCUCAAGGGCGUCGCCAAAUUCACAGGAACAAGUGAAUCAGUAACAUCCGUGAACAUGUCACCAAUCUUAAUUGGACUGGGUGGUACAGCAACGGGAUUGGGAUUAAUUGUAACUGGUGUUUUAAUGGCCCUCUGGAGAAGACACUCAGCAACACCAGCAAAGCCAAAACAACCCCAACAGCUGAGUAUUUCGACCUUUGGAAAAAACGACGAAGAGGAUGGUAAUCCUGAUUUAAUACCCACGACGGAUGUGACGAAUCAUUUCUCCGAUAAAAAGCUCUCGGUCUACGGAUCUCUGCCGCGAAGGCCCUGCCACCUGGAGGGACGUGAAAUGCCCCACGAAGUUCUGGAGGAUCCGGAUUAUCCCCGGGCAUCACCCAACAAUUUCUACAGCCUCCAGAGGCCUGUCCGUUACUCCGAGGCGAUAAUAAGAACGUCAGCAAUUCAGGAGAGCUGUAUCUGAGCAUCUGUAUGCACAAAGAGACCACAAAUGCCGGGUGAAACUUCCAUCACCAGAAUUUCCAUAACAAAGAACAGAAAAUAUCAAAAUGUUAAAGAAAAGCCCCUACCUCUUGAUGGUGUUUAAUUUUUUUUUUCAUUCACAUCGACGUCUUGUUCAAUUUUUUAUACAACUAAUUUCUUGCACAAGAUGUCAACUGCCAUGAAGUUAGAUUUUUCAUAAAGCAACGGAAAAGGGACAUUAACUGCU